AUGGGAAAGAUUAUCUUUUACGAGGACAGGAAUUUCCAGGGUCGCUCUUAUGAGUGCAGCAGUGACUGUGCAGACCUACAUUCCCAUUUUAGUCGCUGCAAUUCCAUUCAAGUAGAAAGUGGACACUGGAUGGUGUAUGAGCGCCCAAACUUUAUGGGUUACCAGUACUUUCUCCCCAGAGGAGAAUAUCCUGACUACCAACGAUGGAUGGGAUUCAAUGAUUGUGUCAGGUCCUGUCGCAUGAUUCCCGAACAUCAGGGAUCAUACAGAAUGAGAAUCUUUGAGCGCCCUGACUUUGCUGGUCAAAUGUUGGAGUUAACUGAGGACUGUCCAUCCCUCUAUGAUCUCUUCCACUACAAUGACAUCCACUCCUGCAAUGUGCAUGACGGAUACUGGAUCUUCUAUGAGCACCCACAUUACAGAGGUAGACAGUACCUCCUAAGGCCUGGCGAGUAUAGGAGGUACAGCGACUGGGGUGCUUUGAGCCCAAGAAUCGGUUCUAUCAGACGCAUUACUUACUCCAGCUGA